UAAUAAUAAUUGUUUGAAGGAACUUCAAAUAACUUAAAAGACGUCCAUGCAAAUGAAUGUAAAACAAUAAUUCAAAUUCUUUAAUAAUGGGGAUCCUUGCGUCUGUGUUCGGUCCAAAAGACCCAAGGACGCCCGUCAGAGGUCCUCUGCCACGAGUAAAGAACUUAUUUACUCGUCACUUCAGGGGUAUAAUUGGUGUUUUGGUUCCUCUUUUUGCGUUAUCAUGGCAGCCUGUAAAAGGACAAAACGAUAUAACAGUGAUGUGCAUGUGGUUUAUGAUGUUCUGGUUUUUAAUCUGGCAGCCAGUGAGUGUGCCCGUAGUCGGUCUGAUACCACUAUUCCUUUUACCCAUGACUGGUGUGAUGUCCUCGCCUGAUGUCUGCAGUAGUUAUUUCAAUGAUAGUAUCUGCCUAUUCAUAUUGUCUGGAAUGAUUUUGCUUCUCCUGAAUAUGUCAGGUUUUGACAGGCGUUUUGUGUUAUGGCUGCUGUGUUCGGGUGAUAACUGUCAGUUCUCUGGAAAACGAAUCGUGUUCAAAUCGAGUGUUGCCGCUUUUGUGAUGUCCAUGUUUAGCAACCGACUGAUAGCAUCUUCUGCUAUAAUACAGUACUUGACACCUGCGUACAUUAAUUUGCAGUCUUACACCUCCCGGUACAGAGCUACGGAGCCAAACUAUGACGCUAUGAGGCACAUCGUACUAAAUGCAGUGCAGACAUCAUCGUCUAUAGGAAGCACAGCCAUUCUUCACUCUUCAUAUACAAUUCUUGCUAUGCGUGCUAUGUUCUCUGAGCAAGACAAGAAAUUAGUGUUUCCAGAUAUAUUCAACUAUUUGCAGUAUACCGUGUUUGCUUUUCCAACUGCUUUUUUCAUGUUCAUAUUGAACGUAUGCUAUCACAUGCUAUUAAUUAAUUGGCGGAUUGGCAAACCAAUGAGUGCGAGCAGUAUGACAGAAUUCCGUAAUUCAAUAUUAAAAAAUAAGAGCAGCUUACCGAAGAAAUCUACGCGCCACGAAAAUCUUACGGUAUUGUUUGCAUUGCUUUACCUGAUAACUGUUAUGUUCCGUUGGAGUAGAUGGACUGGAGCUUCCUGGGCUAAGAAUAAAACUCUCCCGAACAACGAGAAUCUGCCAAUGAUAAAGGAUGCAUCAGUGGCUGCAAUUUUCUUAAUGCUCAUACACGUCGUUCCGAGAACAUGUGGAUGGAUGAAAAUACUACAAGCUGAAAAAAAAAGUGAAUGUGGUUCACUAAAGCCGGAUUCCGCAUUAAUGUUUUGGCGAUUUGUUGACAAGAAUACAAACUAUGGAUAUAUUAUUCUGAUUGGAUCAGGAGUCGCUCUAGCCCGGGCCAUUAAAGUCGCAAAUGGUUAUCCGAAGUGUUUUAAUUUCUACGAGAAUCUGAUGGAUACUAAGGCAUAUUGGAAUAAUCAGAUGGCAUUGAUCUCAGUGGUUGCCGCUAUAGGUCCAAAUAUAAUGUCUGGAGUCGGAUCGCUUAUUUCUUUUUUGCCGUUGAUUUUGAGCGUUAGAGGCGAGGGUGAAGACGAAAGUCCAUGGAAACAGAACAGGUAUGCAGCAGUUCUUGCUGCUGGAAUGGGAUCAUCUUUUGGAUUUAUGUUGCCGUUUUUAUAUACACCAGCCUACUUUUGCCAUUUCACAGGGAAAGUACCAAUAAAAAAGAUGAUAUUGUAUUCCAUCGGUUCACUGAUUAUAUGCACGAUAGUUUUGUGGGCGGCGACCUGUUUUUGGGCACCUAUUGUAUGGCAGCCUCCCGCGGAAGGCUUCGAAGGAGUAGUUGUGGUUGAAGGCGGAGACGCCGGUGGAGGCGACGCUGGUGGCGGUGGUGACGAAGGCGGCGGUGAUGAACCGGAGCCUUAGUCUUAUGACUUGUGUCCGGCUGUCUGACAUUUGUGCCUAAUUGUCGACACUCGUCAGUCAUAAUUUUAUUUAAUGUUAUUCGGAGAGUACUUUAUUUAUUAAUUGUCUUGUACUCUGUCUAUGAGUGAGAUUGCAUACUCUGGAAAUUAUCAACAGGCAUAUAUAUGUAGUCUCCAUGAGAAAAUAAUUUUUAUUAUGGCUUACUAUUAAAUGAUAAAUAGGCGAUAUCCCAACGAUAAAGCUAAGCAUAAAGCAGAUUAUGGAUAAAUCGAAUCGUGCGGAGUCAAUCAAUAUCAAAACUGUGGAAAUAGUAAUUUUUUCC